GACGGACUCUUGACUUACUUAUUUUUUUGUUUAAACAGCUGAGCAGGCCAAGAAACCCAACCCCUCUCCACCAACCAGAGCCCCGCCUCUGCCCCAGGAGGCCUGGAGUUGAAGGCCAAAGAGGGAGAGGGGACUGUACUCUGGGUGGGGGAGCGUGGGCUCUGCUGCCUCAUCCAGUAGGACCGCAAGGGUCACUCUAAAAAUUGCUGCUGCUGGGACUCCUCAGGUGGCUGCUGGUGGCUCCUCACUGCAGUUUCCUUUCCCUCCGUCCCUCUCUCUCCCCACAGAUUGCUUCCCAAGAGGAGCCUCCUGCUGAAAACUCAUCAUUACACAUCCCGACACCACACAAGAGGGUAAGGAGCUGGGACCACGAUCUCCAAUUCCUGACUUCUAGAUUCUAGGCAAUAUCUUGCCUGUGACAGUGUGUUUGCCAACAUGGCCCCCAAAAAGAAGACUGUGAAAAAGAGCAAAGGAGAUAUUAAUGAGAUGACCAUAAUCGUAGAAGAUAGCCCUCUGAACAAACUAAACACUUUGAAUGGGCUCCUAGAAGGAGGCAAUGGCUUUAGCUGCCUUUCUUCUGAAUUAACAGAUGCUUCUUAUGGCCCCAACCUCUUGGAAGGCUUAAGUAAAAUGAGGCAGGAGAACUUCCUUUGCGACCUAGUCAUUGGCACCAAAACGAAGUCCUUUGAUGUUCACAAGUCAGUGAUGGCUUCGUGCAGUGAAUACUUCUACAACAUCCUAAAAAAAGACCCAUCUACCCAAAGGAUAGAUCUCAACGAUAUCUCACCGCUGGGCCUGGCUACUGUCAUUGCAUAUGCCUAUACUGGAAAGCUGACGCUCUCUUUGUAUACUAUAGGAAGCAUUAUCUCUGCUGCUGUCUAUCUUCAGAUCCAUACCCUUGUAAAGAUGUGCAGUGAUUUUCUGAUACGAGAGAUGAGUGUUGAGAAUUGCAUGUACAUUGCUAACAUUGCUGAAACAUACUCCCUGAAAAAUGCCAAAGCAGCAGCCCAAAAAUUUAUCCGGGAUAACUUCCUUGAAUUUGCAGAAUCAGAUCAGUUUUUGAAACUUACAUUUGAGCAAAUUAAUGAACUUCUCAUAGAUGAUGACUUACAGUUGCCUUCUGAAAUAGUAGCAUUCCAGAUUGCAAUGAAAUGGUUAGAAUUUGACCAAAAGAGAGUGAAAUAUGCUGCAGAUCUUCUGAGCAAUAUCCGCUUUGGUACCAUCUCUGCACAAGACCUGGUCAAUUAUGUUCAGUCUGUACCAAGAAUGAUGCAAGACGCUGAUUGUCACAAACUUCUUGUAGAUGCUAUGAACUACCACUUACUUCCAUAUCGUCAAAACACAUUGCAGUCUAGGCGCACAAGAAUCCGCGGGGGCUGUCGAGUCCUCGUCACUGUUGGGGGACGUCCAGGCCUUACGGAGAAGUCCCUUAGUAGAGACAUCCUGUACAGAGACCCUGAAAAUGGAUGGAGCAAGCUUACAGAAAUGCCAGCCAAGAGUUUUAAUCAGUGUGUGGCUGUGAUGGAUGGAUUUCUUUAUGUGGCUGGUGGUGAAGACCAGAAUGAUGCUAGAAACCAAGCCAAGCAUGCAGUCAGCAAUUUCUGCAGAUACGAUCCCCGCUUCAACACCUGGAUCCACCUGGCCAACAUGACCCAGAAGCGCACGCACUUCAGCCUGAGCGUGUUCAACGGGCUCCUGUACGCCGUGGGCGGCCGCAAUCCCGAAGGCAGCCUGGCCUCGCUCGAGUGCUACGUGCCCGCCACCAAUCAGUGGCAGCCCAAGACGCCCCUGGAGGUGGCGCGCUGCUGCCACGCCAGCGCGGUCGCCGACGGCCGCGUGCUGGUGACCGGCGGCUACAUCGGCAGCGCGUACUCGCGCUCCGUGUGCGCGUACGACCCCACCGGCGACUCGUGGCAGGAGCUGCCGGGCCUCAGCACGCCGCGAGGCUGGCACUGCGCGGUCACGCUGGCCGACCGGGUGUACGUGAUGGGGGGCAGCCAGCUGGGGCCGCGCGGGGAGCGCGUGGACGUGCUGACCGUGGAGUGCUACAGCCCGGCCAGCGGCCAGUGGAGCUACGCGGCGCCGCUGCUGGUGGGCGUGAGCACGGCGGGCGCCUCGGCGCUGCACGGCCGCGCCUACCUGCUGGGGGGCUGGAACGAGGGCGAGAAGAAGUACAAGAAGUGCAUCCAGUGCUUCAGCCCGGAGCUCAACGAGUGGACGGAGGACGACGAGCUGCCCGAGGCCACCGUGGGCGUGUCCUGCUGCACCCUCUCGAUGCCCAACAGCGUGACCCGGGAGUCCCGAGCCAGCUCGGUGUCCUCGGUGCCAGUCAGUAUCUGAACCCAGGUAGCUGCGGGGACGCAGGAAGGGCAAACAGGCGUUCGUGGGUUCGCGGAAAGGAAAAUACGUAACAUUUACUACAAUGAUUGUAUCUUACGCCGUAUCGAGGCGUCUGUCUUGGUAGUUUUGAAUUCCUGGUAGGGCGGGCGUAAUCUACCUCUUUAAAAAAAAAAAAAAAAAAAAAAAAAAGGCAAAAUACGGGGCCCUGGCCAA